UGUUUCUGCUGUUUUCUGCGCCUCUGCCUAGCGGCCACCCAAGACAAAUGAUAAUCCUUGUGGAGCCCUUCCUUCACUGCCCAAUCUAGAACUCUCAAGUGCAGAGCAUGUGCAGGCAUCCUGCUCGGCCCAGAGCAUACAAUGAAUGCCCGUAUCAUAAGCCCCUGGGUUUCGAGUCAGGAGAGGUUACACCAGACCAGAUCACUUGCUCCAACCUGGAUCAGUAUGUGGGCUGGUAUUCCUCAUGGACAGCUAACAAGGCCCGGCUCAACAGUCAAGGCUUUGGGUGCGCCUGGCUCUCCAAGUACCAGGACAGCAGCCAGUGGUUACAGAUCGAUCUGAAGGAGGUCAAGGUGAUUUCAGGAAUCCUCACCCAGGGGCGCUGUGACAUCGACGAGUGGAUGACCAAGUACAGCGUGCAGUACAGGACGGAUGAGAACCUGAACUGGAUUUACUAUAAGGACCAGACAGGAAACAAUCGGGUCUUCUAUGGAAAUUCAGACCGAACCUCCACAGUCCAGAACCUUCUGCGGCCCCCCAUCAUUUCCCGCUUCAUUCGGCUGAUCCCGCUGGGCUGGCAUGUCCGCAUUGCCAUCCGGAUGGAGCUGCUGGAAUGCGUCAGCAAGUGUGCCUGAGGCCUCCUUCAGCUCCACACCUGCCCUGGGGUGGGGGUGGGGGGUAGAUAGGGGUGGAGGGCUCAGAGCAGCCUGCAGGGGAACCCUGACAGGGUUCCAACAGGGUGACAAACGCAGCUGUAUUUUACAAGCUCUUUUCAAUGCAGAGCCUGGCAGAAAUAAUUUCUUUAAAAAAACAAGUUUCCCAUUUCAAUCAAAGAGAAAGGAAAACGAGCGUAUUUCCCACUCACUGCCAAAGAAAAUAAGAACAAAGAAAACGUCCCUAAAACUAGUUUUCAUCUAAAAGCCUAAGUAGCAGGGGUAAUUUUGCUGCUUUUUCUUUUUGGUUUUGGUCUGACAGUGUGAAAGGUGUGGUCCCAGGGAACACAAAAGAGCCCAGAUAAUUUAAAAACUCUUUUGCUUUACCACACUAAAAACAGGAACAUAGAGGUUUUUCUUUUCUUUUCUUUUCUUUUCUUUUCUUUUCUUUUCUUUUCUUUUCUUUUCUUUCCGGAACACAGAGUUUCAUAAAACCUUGAUUUGAUUGCAAAUGGGGAGCAAGCUUGCGGUUUCUCCUUUUAAGUUUUCAGUGAAUCAUGGCCUUUUAGGACUUUUAGAGCACCCGGCAUGCAGGGGGCAAGGUUUUGGGUGACUGGUUGUCAGAGAUGAGUAGAGCAGUUGGGAGCCUGUGUCCUGGUGUCCUGGGAGCUGUGCACAACCAAUCCCCCCAGGUAAGAGGGCUUCCUCUGCUCUGAGCUUUCACCCCCACGCACACAAGGAUAGGGAGGGGGUGGUUGCAGAGCUCUCAUUACAUACAGAUCUAUUCUAGCAAAUUUUUCCAGCCUGUGGUCACUAUCUGGGUGAAUACAUGGGACAGGCUGCACAUGUAAGCAGCAGUUCUCUAUAUUUAGGAAAGCCAAAUGACCAGAGCUCACCAGAAUUUCCCCUUAUCUAGGGCUACCAUUUUUCAACAAGCUUAACAUUUUAAAAACAGCUGGCCCAGGAGCUAUCACUGGCUACACAGAGGAAGCCCAUUAGCUAACUGCAUGCUUUGCAGGAAGUGGUCAGACCCUAUGUCCUAAGAAGGGCCAUGUGGCUGUGUCUCUCACGACCCAACUGUUUAACCUCUCCCCCUUGCCCUAGAACACACAACCAUGCCUACUCCUGAGGCUGAAAUGGCCUUGGGAGGGACGGGGCUAGGAAUGGGCCUGGCCUUCCGAGGGGAGUGCAUAAAGCAGGGACUUUUCAGGGACCACAGCCUAAGCCUCCUCUGUCAUUUAUAGCUCAGCCUGAGUUUUCAGGCUGUUCCCUGGGAGAGGUGGAUAACAUGGGGAGCGGAAAGGAGAGGUAUAUGAAAGCAGGAGCAGAGAGGGGGUGAAACCAGCGGAUGAGGGCCCUUUGUCAAGACCCAGGAAUCCAAAACUGUCCUGGCCCUGACACAGCUGAGUCUCUAUUAGCAGCUCAUUUUCCCAAGUUACGUUUUGUUUUCAAAUGCCAAGCCAAUUGAAUGGACUCACACUAAUACAAUCUUGGACAUUGCAUUCACCUUCUCUGUGAGUGGGAAGCCUCCUAAAAGCCCCAAAUCUCUUCUCCGGUGUUUUGGGCUUAGAACAGCAUUAUAUUCAACCCACCAUCUUUCUAAUCCCCUGUAUACUUGAAGCUGGAAAAAUGCUUUCCUUGCUCAGUAUUCUCUCAAAUACAAACAUAUCAAAUUCCAGGUGGAGAAAAAAAAAUCCUCAGGUCUUAGGAUACACGAAUAAAUCCAGUUAGAACAGAGGCCUGAUCGGAGCCCCUUGCUGGAAAGUUGAAUGAACUUUUAUCACAACAUGGAUUGUCAGAGAAAACGGCAGUAGCCAGAGGUCAGGUCCUCUAUGACAGGCACACGGACACACGCGGGGAAUACAGCUAAAAGGAAAGAAGAGAAAAAUUAAACAGUGUGAGGCAGGGAUAUAGGUUCUCCAAGUAAUUGUUCAUGUUGGAAAUUUUUGUUUUGUAAAGGUUUAAUGAGAUAAAGUCAUAUACCAUACAAAUCUCACCCAUUUCAAGUGUACAAUUCAAUGACUUGUAGUACACUCAGAGUUGAGUGACCAUUAUCACAAUUUUAGAAAAAUUCAUCACCCUCACUAAGAAACCUGCACCUAUUAGCCAUUACCCCCCAACCAACUCACCCACCUGGCCCUAGGUAACCACUGACCACUUUCUGUAGAUUUGCCUAUUCUCAACAUUUCAUAUAAAUGGAAUCAUACAAUUGUGGUCUUUUCUGUCUGGCUUCUUUUGCUUCACAUCGUGUUUUUCCAAGGUUCAUUCAUGUUGUAGCAUGUGUCAGUAUUUAAUUCCUUUUUACAGUUGAAUAUUAUUCCAAUAUACACAUAGAUCACAUUGUAUUUAUCCAUUCAUUUGUUGAUGGACAUUUAGGUUGUUUCCAUGUUUUUGGCUAUUAUGAAUAAUGCUGCUAUAAACAACUGUGUACAAAUUUUUGUUUGGAUGUAUGUUUUUAUCUAGCUUGGUUACAUACCUUGGAGUGUAAUAUGUUUAUUACAUGGUUACUCUAUGUUUAACCUUUGGAGGAACUGUCAGAUAAUUUUCCAAAGUGGCCACACCAUUAUGCACUCCCACCAGCAAUAUAUGAGAGUUCCAGGUUCUCUACAUUUAUUAUUAUCUGUCUUUUUGAUUAGAGCCAUCCUGGUGUAUAUGAAGUAGUAUCACACUAUGGUUUUGAUCUGCAUUUCCCUAUGACUAAUGAUGUUAAGCGUCUUUUUAUGUGUUCACUGCCCUUUUGUGUAAGUUCUUUGGAGAAAUAUCUAUUCAGAGUCUUUAUUUUAAAAUCAGGCGGUCUUUUUAUUAUUGCAUUAAGAGUUCUUUAUGUAUUCUAGAUACAAUCCCCUUAUCAAAUACACAACUUGUUAGUAUUUUCUCCUAUUCUGUAGGCUGUCUUCUUACUCUCUUGACAGAGUCCUUUGAAAUACAUUUUUAAACUUUAA